AUGGCUUCACCUCUGGAGGACCGGAACUCCCCACCUGGAUUAACACCAGUCUCAGGUGAUCUGAUCACAGGUGGACAGCUGAGACACAUUGCUGUUCACAUCCGUGUCCAGCUGAUCACUUCCUCUCUGACUGUGAGUCCCAGCAGCUCUCAGCUGUUAGAAGGAGAGUUUAUCGCUCUGAGCUGUGAGGAGGACGACAGCUCUGCUGGAUGGAAGCUGAGGAGGAACACAACCAGAGACACCAGGAAGGAGUGUGGAGACGGCUGGGGAAGAUCAGCUGGUUCCUCCUGUAACAUCACUGGCAUCGUCCCAAUGGACAGUGGAGUUUACUGGUGUGAGUCCAGAGAGGGAGCAACCAGUAACAGCAUCAACAUCACUGUCACUGGUGGAUCAGUGAUCCUGCAGAGUCCUGUCCUCCCUGUGAUGGAGGGAGAUGAGGUCACUCUGCGCUGUAAAACAAAGACCUCCAACCUCACAGCUGAUUUCUAUAAAGAUGGCUCCCUCAUCAGGACUGAGCCUGCAGGUCACAUGACCAUCCACCAUGUUUCCAAGUCUGAUGAAGGCCUCUACAAGUGUAACAGCAGCAGUCAUGGAGAGUCUCCAUCCAGCUGGAUCUCUGUCACAGGUAAACCUACAACCACAGCCCCGCCCCCUGCAUAUGGAGCUCCGCCCCCUGUCUCAGCUCCCCCCCAGCUUGUCUUCACACUGGUCUGCCACCUAGUGGUGUUCUGUCCGUACUUCAUCUCCACUCUCCUCAUGGUGUCUUUAUAUCGACACAGACCCACAGAAAAUGACUUGCCUGUAUCCAUGACAACCCAGGCUGCAGAGAGAUUGGCUGAGGAGUUUGAUGACAUUGCGGUGGUCACCACUGAGCAUCACUUCUGA